GGCAGAUGUGACUUCUCAGUUGCGGACACCUUGGAAGGAUGAUUCUUGAGGAAGCUGCAAAUAAAGAAAUUUGGAUUGCCGUUGGUUUUGUUGACGUGAUAGCGUGACCACAGAACGCAGGCGACAGAAUCCCGAGAUCGGUCAUGCGUGGCAUUUGUAUGGUAAGUUUGUGAUGUAUUAUUAUGAAGGGUCUUGAAGAGGACUUGUGACGGGAGACGGUAAUCCGUGAAACGAGGAUAGAUGUGAGAAUUUUCGUGUCGAGAUUUCCUAACUGCGUCUUGACUAGUUCACGCCUAAAUGUGAUAUAAGGAAUACGAUAUGAAACUUCGUCGAAACAACAUAUUGAACCGGUCGUCUAAAAUAAUAGCGGUAAAUAUCACCUACUAAACACGUCUCAGUCUCAACUAUCAACUUUUUUUAUUUUAAGUAUGACAAAUUGAUUUGUAAGUCCCUUUUGCUAUUAAUAGUCUGAUUACGACAACGAACAUGAUGAUGCUGUAGAGAAAAUGUCUGAGGAAACUAUUUCACUCGGUGAAGAAUUUCAACGUUCUCGUGAAGAACAAUUUAGUCCGGAAACGGACAUUAGAUCGACUGAAUCAGUUUUGGAGAAACCUAACUUCCACAUUGAAGAUGGUGAUGCAGAAUCAAACAUAUCUGAGGAAUUCAAUUUACUCGCUGAAGAACUUCAACGUCUACGUGCCCAUCUAUUGAAUUUGGAAAGAAAACAGAAAUCAAAUGAAUUAGCUUCAGAUAAGGAUAAUUGGUCGAUGAAAGAAGAAGAUGGUGUAUUGUCUGAAAAUGAACUAAGUAUAGAAGAAGAGAGACGUUGUGCAAUUGAACAGUCAGGCAAAGCCUGUGCAGAAAUAAGUGUUCUGAUGACUAAUUUCCACAAUGUAUAUGGCACGACUCAUGGUAAAAUGUCACAAGAUCUUACUGCGAUCGCUGGAGAGCUCGAACGUCUACAUACAGACCUAGUAAAAUUGGAAAAGAAAAGUAAAUCGACUGAAUCACUUCAUGAGAAAUCUGACUUGGAAAAUUCACAUGGUCAUGCCAAAUCAAACAUGUCAGGUGAACUUAAUUUACUCGCUGACGAACUUCAGAAUCUACAUUCAGACCUUAUGCAUUUGAAAAAGAAACAAAGACGAAGUGACUUAACUCCGCAGAAGUCGAUCAUCAAAAGUGAACAACAUAAUGAGCAAAAUGUCAAAAAUGAACGUCGUAAUGAGCAGCAUCACGUUAGAAUUGAACAACAUGAAGCUACCAUCAAAAGUGAACAUCGUAAUGAGCCUACCGUUAAAAAUGAACGUCGUAAUGAACCUACCGUCAAAAGUGAACAUCGCAAUGAGCCUACCGUCAAAAGUGAACGUCGUAAUGAGUCUACCGUCAAAAGUGAACGUCGUAAUGAGCCUAACGUCAAAAGUGAACAUCGUAAUGAGCCUACCGUCAAAAGUGAACAUCGUAAUGAGCCUACCGUCAAAAGUGAACGUCGUAAUGAGUCUACCGUCAAAAGUGAACGUCGUAAUGAGCCUACCGUUAAAAAUGAAUAUCGUAAUGAGCCUACCGUCAAAAGUGGAUAUCGUAAUGAGCCUACCGUCAAAAGUGAACAUCGUAAUGAGCCUACCGUCAAAAGUGGAUACCGUAAUGAGCCUACCGUCAAAAGUGAAUAUCGUAAUGAGCCUACCGUCAAAAGUGAAUAUCGUAAUGAGCCUACCGUCAAAAGUGAACAUCGUAAUGAGCUUGCCGUAAAACGUGAACUUCGUAACGAGCUUACCGUCAAAAGAGAACAACGUAAUGAUCCUAACGUCACAGGUGAACAUCAUCAUCAUCAUACACAAGAGAAAAUGUCAGAGGAACUUCAUUUCCUUGCUGGAGAACUUCAACGUCUACAUUCAGAUCUAUUAACUUUGGAAACGAGACAAAAAUCAAAUGAAUUAGCUAUAGAGAAAUCUGGCUUCAAUAAUGAACAUGAUAAUACUGAAGCGAAUGUGUCAGAGUCACUGAAUUUACUGCGUGAAGAACACGAGCGACUGCAUGCAGAUCUGCGAAGUUUGGAAAUGAAACAAAAACCAAUUGAAUCAGCUGAAGCAGAUACUGAUCCAUUGAAUCAGACAAUAACGUUGGAACGUCAACCAUUACAUGAAAAAUUGAAUCAAUUCAGUAUUGACAAAAGUAAAUUGGAAGAAACCAAACAGCAAUUAGGAAUCGUUAGAUGUCAUCUUGUUCGAGGACAAGAAAUUUUAGCACGUCGUGAAAAUUACUUGGAUGAUAGAGAAAUUGAAUUAAAUAAACGCAAUCAAGUUUUAAAUGAAACAGUAAAACUUUUAAAAGAAUCUGAAACUCGACAUCGUUGUUUACAUGAUGUACAAAUUGGUCUGUUCAAUGAAUUAAAAGAAGGAUAUCGUAGAUUGCGCAAAGCUGAAAAACAACUUAUUAUCGAGAAAAGACGAUUAGCACAACAAUCCGUAUGUGAGAGUUGUCGUGCACUAAGUAAUAUGAAUAAUUCUUCAUGUUAUCUACACCGUAAUACAUCAAACAAAACAGAUCAAAAACGAUUAAUGAAUAUGGAUGGAAAUAGUAAAGCAAUAAGCAAUGAUUCAUGGUCUGAUAUGUCACCGUUGCAUGUGUCUCAAAUGUCUUUUAUAAUGUGAGUAGUAAAUAAAGGAAUAUUUGAAAUUUGUGCAGCUUUAUGAAUUCUAUAUCAUUCCUAUUAUAUAAUCUUCUCUGGAGGGCAGCAGUUUUUGUCAUUCAAAUGCCCUGGUAUCGUGAGAUUGUGGUGAAAAUACUCUCAGAUGGCCGCAUCUAAUUACUCACUGACAGGAACUCCUACUCACUGCCUUCUAGAGUGGGAGUGUGGUUGUUGAAAUCAAAAGGACGAAAAGCAAAUGUUCUAUGAGGUUUAAACUGGGUUGGUGGAUACGAAGAAUCUACCCAGAAUAGUUG